AGCGCCAUGCCUGCGUCAGGGUUUCUCUCUGCUGUGCCCUUUGUGCUUCUCCUGCUGAGAGAAGGUGCAGCCUGGUCGUACCACGCCUCCGUCGAACCCAUGACUUUUGACCAGGCCAGCGCCUACUGUCAGCAGAAGUACACCCACCUGGUGGCGAUUCAAAACCAGGAGGAGAUUACCUACCUGAACUCCACGUUCAGCUACUCAUCAAAUUACUACUGGAUUGGGAUCAGAAAGGUCAACAAUCAGUGGGUCUGGAUCGGGACCCAGAAGCCCCUGACGGAGGAAGCCAUGAACUGGGCCCCGGGGGAACCGAACAACAAGGACACCAACGAGGACUGUGUGGAGAUCUACAUCAAGAGGGCGAAGGACAGCGGCAAGUGGAAUGACGAGAGGUGCAGCAAGAAGAAGCUCGCCCUUUGCUACACAGCUGCCUGUAACCGCACGUCCUGCAGCGGCCACGGCGAGUGCGUGGAGACCAUCAACAACUACACUUGCCGGUGCCACCCCGGCUUCCGCGGACUCCACUGCGAGCGAGCUGUGACCUGCCAGGCCCAGGGAGACCCUGAGCACGGAAGCCUGGCGUGCACCCAUCCCUUCGGAGGCUUCAGCUACAAUUCCUCCUGCACCGCGACCUGUGACGAGGGCUACCUGCCCAGCGGCCCCGAGGCCACGCGGUGCACCUCCUCCGGGGAGUGGAGCGCGCCCCUCCCAGGCUGCAGAGCGGUGAAGUGUGACACUCUGACAAAGCCUGCCAACGGAUCCGUGAAGUGUUCCCAAAGCCUGGGAGGCCUCCCGUGGAACACAAGCUGUGACUUUGACUGUGAGGAGGGAUUUGAACUCGUGGGACCCCAGCGCCUGCAGUGUACCCCAUCUGGGAACUGGGACAGCGAGAGGCCGAGGUGCACAGCGAUCCAGUGCGAGGCCGUGCGCCGGCCUGACAGGGGCCGCGUGGACUGUCCUCCCAGCGCCUCCGGACGCCUCCCAGCGGGGUCCAGCUGCGAGUUCUCCUGCGAGCAGGGCUUUGUGCUGAAAGGGCCCACGAGGCUCCAGUGUGGCCCCACCGGGCAGUGGGGCAGCGAGGAGCCCACGUGUGAAGCUGUGAGGUGUGCCACCCUGAGCCGCCCCCAGAAGGGCUCCGUGAGCUGUAGCCAUGCCCCUGCCGGACAGUUCACCGUCCAGUCCUCCUGCAGCUUCGCCUGUGAGAAAGGCUUUGAGCUGCGUGGAGCAGCCCACCUCGAGUGCACCUCUCAGGGACGGUGGACACAGGAGGUCCCCUCCUGCCAAGCGGUGCGCUGCUCCAGGCUGGCGGCUCCCGGCAAGGUGGACAUGAACUGCAGCGGGGAGCCCGUGUUCGGCGCCGUGUGCACCUUCGCGUGUCUCGAGGGAUGGACGCUCAACGGCUCGGCAGCUCUGACGUGUGGGGCCACGGGACACUGGUCUGGGGUGCUGCCUACCUGCGAAGCCCCCACCAGGUCCAGCGUGCCCCUGGCGGUUGGCCUGUCCGUGGCCGGAACCUCCCUCCUGUCCUUGGCAUCCUUUCUCCUCUGGCUGCUGAAACGUCUCCGGAAGAAAGCAAAGAAAUUUGUCCCCUCCAGCAGCUACCAGAGCCUUGGAUCAAACGGGUCCUACAAAACGCCUUCUGCGCCCGUUUGA